GCUAAUUUAGAUUGAGAAGAUAUACCUCAACAAGGUUAAAAGAGUAACAUGAACGUAGUGACCAAAUGAAAUCUUGAAGGUUGUAUGUAAAAAUCUAAUCUUUUUCCCCUGUUUGCUGUAUGUAACCUUUUUGAGGGGUGGAAGGCGGGACAGGAGCGGUCAACUCAGAGCCAGAUGUGCCUUUGUCGGUCCACAUUUCCACUGCCCAAAGCAUAAGCCUGCCCCUGUGGGUCACCGCGAGCAAGCCAGCCUCUGCCGAGUCCCAGGCCUCUGCUUACACGUCUUACUGGAACUAAAUGAUGUUGCCAUUUUUAUUUUUAGGUUUGCUGGCAUGGGUAAUCUCAUUAAGGUGCUAACCAGGGACAUAGACCACAAUGCAGCACAUUUUUUCUUGGACUUUGAAAAUGCCCAGCCUACAGAGUCUGAGAAGGAAAUUUAUAAUCAGGUGAAUGUAGUAUUAAAAGAUGCAGAAGGCAUCUUGGAAGACUUGCAGUCAUACCGAGGAGCUGGCCAUGAAAUACGAGAGGCAAUCCAGCAUCCCGCAGAUGAGAAGCUGCAGGAGAAGGCGUGGGGUGCAGUUGUACCACUUGUAGGCAAAUUAAAGAAAUUUUAUGAAUUUUCUCAGAGGUUGGAAGCAGCAUUAAGAGGUCUUUUGGGAGCCUUGACAAGCACGCCCUACUCUCCCACCCAGCACCUAGAGCGAGAGCAAGCUCUUGCUAAACAGUUCGCGGAAAUUCUUCAUUUCACACUCCGGUUUGACGAACUCAAGAUGACAAAUCCUGCCAUACAGAAUGAUUUCAGCUAUUAUAGAAGAACAUUGAGUCGUAUGAGGAUUAAUAAUGUACCAGCAGAAGGAGAAAAUGAAGUAAAUAACGAGUUGGCAAACCGAAUGUCUUUGUUUUAUGCUGAGGCGACUCCAAUGCUGAAAACCUUGAGUGAUGCCACCACGAAAUUUGUAUCCGAGAAUAAAAAUUUACCAAUAGAAAAUACGACCGACUGUUUAAGCACCAUGGCUAGUGUAUGCAGAGUCAUGCUGGAAACACCGGAAUACAGAAGCAGGUUUACAAACGAGGAGACGGUGUCGUUCUGCUUGAGGGUGAUGGUGGGCGUCAUAAUACUCUAUGACCACGUGCAUCCAGUGGGAGCAUUUGCCAAAACUUCCAAAAUCGAUAUGAAAGGUUGUAUCAAAGUUCUUAAGGACCAGCCUCCCAACAGUGUAGAAGGUCUUCUAAAUGCUCUCAGGUACACAACAAAACAUUUGAAUGAUGAGACUACCUCCAAGCAAAUUAAAUCCAUGCUGCAAUAACAGUUCUGGAAUAAGCACCUGCUGGAGACAGAAGACAGUAUUCUGCAGUGACUGAGAAUGCACAGUUUUUUAGUGAUUGCAAUUCCUAUCUCAUUUAUUCUUGCUUUUCUUUCUUUCCUCUGUUCCUCUUCCCUCUUUUUUAAUCAUGUUCUUGUUCUUAAGACUUCUUUUCUGUGCCAAAAUCAGUAAAGUUUCACUCUGAAGGGAUCUUGGAUCUUGUCCCUUCCACAAGCCACUGAGGCAGCUAAUUAUGCAUUGCAUUGGGGUCUCUGCUGAGAAAAAUUCUGUGACUUGAACUAAAUAUUUUUAAAUGUGGAUUUUUUUUGAAACUAAUAUUUAAUAUUGCUUCUCCUGCAUGGCAAAACUGCCUCUUCUGCUAUUUAAAAACCCUCCACGACUUUGUUUUCUACUGCCGCUUUUCUCAUGUGCAGCCAAAAUGAAAUGUUUAAAUUAACCGUGUUGUACAAAUGGUACCCAACACAAACUUUUUUUAAAUUAGUAAGACUUUUGUUUAAAGUUUUAAGUUUGCAUUUUGACUUUUUUUGUAAGGAUGUAUGUUGUGUGUUUAACCUUUAUUAACUAACGUUAAAAACUGUGAUGUGUGCGUAGAAUAUUACGUAUGCAUGUUCAUGUUUAAAGAAUGGCUGUUGAUGAUAAAAUAAAAAUCAGCUUUCAUUUUUCUAA